AUCAUCCAAUCCGCAAGCUCUCCUAAAUCCAUUUGACCAAUCACAUCACAGUGAAGUAGUGUAGUACAUCGUAGCCAAAGUCCAGUGUUUGACACCCAAAUCAAAGUGACAUUUCAGUCAGUGUUCUCUCGUUUUCCGUCCCGAUUGCAAGGUGUGAAAGAUGGUGUUAAAGUACUACUUCGACUUAUUAUCUCAACCAUCACGGGCAUUGAAAAUAUUUUUGUCCGUCAACAAAAUUCCUCAUGAAAGCUGCCAGGUUGCACUUCGUAAAGGUGAGCACAAGCAGGAGCCCUACUUAAGUGUAAAUCGGUUUGGACGGGUUCCAGCAAUUGAUGAUGAUGGCUUCAAGCUCUCAGAGAGUGUUGCCAUAGUACGAUACCUUUCCAGCAAGUACAAUGUGCCAAAUAACUGGUAUCCAAAGGACAUUAAAAGCCAAGCAGCAGUUGAUGAGUUUUUGGAAUGGCACCAUCUUGAUUUGCGACUUGGAUGUGCCAUGUAUUUUCAAACUAGGGUGCUGAAACCAAUGUUGACUGGAAAGCCACCCAGUGAGAAAUCGUUAGCUAUGUUCACUGAGCGUAUGAACACAUCUUUGGACAAUGUUGAAAAUUUGUGGCUAUCUGAUGGACGUCCUUAUCUGACUGGCAAUCAAAUUAGUGCUGCAGAUGUUUUUGCUGCUUGUGAAAUUGAGCAAGUUGCUUUUGGUGGACAUGACCCUACCAAGGGUAGACCGAAACUAGGUGUUUGGCUUGAACGUGUUCGAAAGGACCUCAGUCCCCAUUAUCAAGAAACUCACAAGUAUCUUGAAAAACUCCAAGCUACAAUGUCAAAAUUAUAAUAAGUUUGAUGUAUUUUUAUAAAUCCUUUAUCCAUUUUGUUACUGGCUGUUUUUCUAUAAAACUGCUAUUGCAGAAUAUAUUA